ACAGAUUGCAAGACAACAGCAGCAACUUCUGCAACAGCAGCACAAAAUUAAUCUCCUGCAGCAACAGAUCCAGGUUCAGGGUCACAUGCCUCCGCUCAUGAUCCCAAUUUUUCCACAUGACCAGCGGACCCUGGCAGCAGCUGCUGCUGCCCAACAGGGAUUCCUCUUCCCCCCUGGAAUAACAUACAAACCAGGUGAUAACUACCCUGUACAGUUCAUUCCAUCAACAAUGGCAGCUGCUGCUGCUUCUGGACUCAGCCCUUUACAGCUCCAGAAGGGUCAUGUCUCUCACCCACAAAUUAAUCCAAGGCUAAAGGGCCUAAGUGACCGUUUUGGCAGGAAUUUGGAUACCUUUGAACAUGGUGGUGGCCACUCUUACAACCACAAACAGAUUGAGCAGCUCUAUGCCGCUCAGCUGGCCAGCAUGCAGGUGUCACCUGGAGCAAAGAUGCCAUCAACUCCACAGCCACCAAACACAGCAGGGACGGUCUCACCUACUGGGAUAAAAAAUGAAAAGAGAGGGUCCAGCCCUGUAACUCAAGUUAAGGAUGAAGCAGCGGCACAGCCUCUGAAUCUCUCAUCCCGACCCAAGACAGCAGAGCCUGUAAAGUCCCCAACGUCUCCCACCCAGAACCUGUUCCCAGCCAGCAAAACCAGCCCUGUCAACCUGCCAAACAAAAGCAGCAUCCCUAGCCCCAUUGGAGGAAGCCUGGGAAGAGGAUCCUCUUUAGAUAUCCUGUCUAGUCUCAACUCCCCUGCCCUGUUUGGGGAUCAGGAUACAGUGAUGAAAGCCAUCCAGGAGGCACGGAAAAUGCGAGAGCAGAUCCAGCGGGAGCAACAGCAGCAACAGCCACAUGGUGUUGAUGGGAAACUGUCCUCCAUAAAUAAUAUGGGGUUGAACAACUGCAGGAAUGAAAAGGAAAGAACACGCUUUGAGAAUUUGGGGCCCCAGUUAACAGGAAAGUCAAAUGAAGAUGGAAAACUGGGCCCAGGUGUCAUCGAUCUCACUCGGCCGGAAGAUGCAGAGGGAAGUAAAGCAAUGAAUGGCUCUGCAGCUAAACUACAGCAGUAUUAUUGUUGGCCAACAGGAGGUGCCACUGUGGCUGAAGCACGAGUCUACAGGGAUGCCCGUGGCCGUGCCAGCAGUGAGCCACACAUCAAGCGACCAAUGAAUGCAUUCAUGGUUUGGGCAAAGGAUGAGAGGAGGAAAAUCCUUCAGGCCUUCCCCGACAUGCAUAACUCCAACAUUAGCAAAAUCUUAGGAUCUCGCUGGAAAUCCAUGUCCAACCAGGAGAAGCAACCUUAUUAUGAAGAGCAGGCCCGGCUAAGCAAGAUCCACUUAGAGAAGUACCCAAACUAUAAAUACAAACCCCGACCGAAACGCACCUGCAUUGUUGAUGGCAAAAAGCUCAGAAUUGGGGAGUAUAAGCAAUUGAUGAGGUCUCGGAGACAGGAGAUGAGGCAGUUCUUUACUGUGGGGCAACAGCCUCAGAUUCCAAUCACCACAGGAACAGGUGUGGUGUAUCCUGGUGCUAUCACGAUGGCAACUACCACACCAUCACCUCAAAUGACAUCUGACUGCUCUAGCACCUCGGCCAGCCCGGAGCCCAGCCUCCCGGUCAUCCAGAGCACUUAUGGUAUGAAGACAGAUGCCGGAAGCCUAGCUGGAAAUGAAAUGAUUAACGGAGAGGAUGAAAUGGAAAUGUAUGAUGACUAUGAAGAUGACCCCAAAUCAGACUAUAGCAGUGAAAAUGAAGCCCCGGAGGCUGUCAGUGCCAACUGAGGAGUUUUUGUUUGCUGAAUUAAAGUACUCUGACAUUUCACCCCCCACCCCAACAAAAAGUUCUUAAAGAGCCCGCAUGCAUUUGUGGCUCCACAAUUACAUCAGCAGAAUGGUCUUAAUUGUUUCGUAAAGUGUGAGACAGAUUAAGUUUUCCCUGAUUUUUCAUGAACUUGAGUUUUUUGUCGUUAUUGUUAUUGUUGUUGUUGUUUUUUUAAUUUAGGUGAAGACAUAUUAAAUAUGAGACACCAGGACUUGAAAACUUAUCUCAACCCGUAGAUGUCUUACAAGUCUUAUAUUUUUGUCUUACUUUUUUUUUCUUUUGGAUGUUGAUAAAGGUUUAAGUUACUGUUUUAGAUGGGGUUAAACAUUCUCACUCAGGUAUGCUGUGCCGGCCUACAGGUUGUGAAUGUGUUUUUAUUCUGAAUUAUCUUAGAAAACAACUGAGGAUUUCAUAUUGUGAAACAGAACAAGUCCACGGCGUGUGCAGCUGCAUGUAGAGCAUAUACAAAAGGCCUCAGAAUUCCAGUUUUCCAUGUGUAGAGUUAAACUUUGAAUGUGCCAAACUUUUUCUUAACUUUUGAAUCUUAAUAUUUUGAAAGUCUUAAAAGAGACACUGCAAAGUCUUAGACAAUCUUUGGCAUCUUAAAAUAAAAGAGCAAACCAACUUUUUUUUUCCAGAAAAUGGUAAAGUGCUCAGGAAUCUGGAGACAAGAUAUUGUAAGGAAUGAACAAGGUUGCCACAGUGCAUGGACCCAUUUGUGUUUGCCUGUUGACUUGCCAUCAGUGCAUGAUGUGGUAUGACGUACACACACCAGAGCGAUUGCCACACCAGAUAUCAACAGGGUGGUCUUCUCUGCCUGAGACCACCUCUCACUACAUCCAUUAUCCCUUUGCCUUUAACCCUGACAUUCAGUCUUAACACAUCUUCUCUUAAAUAAUUUAUUCAUUCCAGAAUGUCAAGGGUCCACUUACUAUUUAUUUUUUUAAAAAAUUGUUGGUGGCAUUAAUUUAAUAAUUCUUGUUUUUCACCCUCCUUCCCCAAAGAAUUUUUUAGUUCUUUUCACCUCCUUCCCUUGUGUACAUAGUGAUUUUAUGCCCCCAAAACGCCUGGAAACAUUUCUGAAACCAAGAUACUAUUAAAAACCUAUUAUUGUUUUUAAUCAUGAGUAUAUAUCUGGCUGCUGGGCUGUGUAUUGGGAUAGAGGUGUAUAGUCUUAAACAGGUAUGCCCCUGAGGUUCACUGUGACCUCAAGUUUUUUGCCAGAAUUUACCCCUAAUUCAGUUCACGAGUGGUAGGGUCUUCAUCUGCGACAUUUCCCCCUGAAUUCCAUUCGCAGCAAGGGUCAACAGUGGUGACUGCCAGGCAGGAGAGUCCUGCGGCCAAACCUGAAGCCACGGGCUUAUGGGCCAUGCAGGAGUCUCAGUGAAGCUGUCAUGGGCUGGCACCUUUACACUGAGUUGCCUUGUCCCAGCUGGCACAUCCAGGGAGUUCACUGCAAAUCUCCAGGAUGCAAGAAGCCAUGUGACAGCCUCAGAGCAAAGAUAGUGGCAAAUAGUCAUGAUACAUCUAGAGAAUGAAAGAAAACCACAGGAGAGGAGAAGAGGGGUAAUACAUUCCCCAUAUGGGAUGUUCCUACUGUUAACUCUGGGGAACAGAUAGCUCCGGGGGCAGCAGAUAGGUUCCGCUGGCUGACUCUUAUCUGUGGCCACAUGGGGACAUACCUAUGUGUGAACAAGAUGAACUGCAUUUGUCACACAAGGAUUUCUUUGGAGACAUGCUGCUGGGGUGGGAAGCAGUGAGGUUUUAUUCCCCAUCUCCUAAUUACAGAGCUCUGCCAUGCCAUUUUGACCUUCCUGAAACCAGGAUGGGUUGCCUAUGGGGGGGGGGCUUCACCCAGAAAGGUUUAGUGGGAGAAUGUCAGUGAAUGGGACAGUUCAUCUCAUGGAACAACCCAGAAUCUGAUCACCAGGACAUAGGAAUGGCCCCAUCAGAUUUCUUGAGCCAUUUUGUCACUUGGAAGAAAAUAGUGUACCUUCGUAUUUAUUUAAGAGUGCUCAAGGCCUAAUAGCAAUAAACAGGUCUAGCCAAGAAAUUACCAGCUAUGCCGUUAGCUGGGAGUGCUCUCUAUAAGCUGAUUAAGGUACUGAUAGGAAUGUUUUGUUCUUCAUAUUGGUUGGGGAUUAGAAAUUUGUUUCUGUACAUUUAUUUCAAAUGAGGAGGAGGUCUUUUUUUCUAAAAAAAAAAAAAUGAGUAUUUAUUAUUGUCUUACUGAUUUCUUUGAUUUAUAUACCUCUCCUCCUCAGUUCACUCUUGUUUUUUUUCUCUUUCUCUUUGGCUUUUGCUUGUGCUUUCUCUCACUUCUCUUAUUUUGUUGCAUUGGUAGAGUGUUGUAUGGCUAGUAUUGUAUUGUAUGUAAUUAAUUUUGCACAAAGGCAAACAUUUAGCAUAGUAGGUUAAUUUUGUUUGUUUUUAUGACCAUGCCAAAAUAAUAUUCUGGGCUGGUGGAGAACAAAGGACUGUUCUUUAGGACUGAAACUUGAUUUUGCUUGUAGUAAGUAAAAAAAAAAAAAAAAAAAACAAAAAACACACACACUCACAGAUGUUGUUUCGUAAGUGUUAUAAGCACUGGAUAUAAAUGGUAUUUUUUAUCACUUCUGACUAAUGUGAAACUGUUGUACGAAAACUACAUGAACAAAAGUCAUCUGUUUCGACUCGCGUGGGCUUGCCUCACAGUUGCCGGAUUUGAGUCAUUUUUAUGUCUUGUUAUUUCAUUUAUUUAUGCAAAAUACAUGUGUGUAUGAACACUUUGUUUUAGCUCCAGCUCUGCCUCAGUACUGGGGUUCAGUUACUUUUAGCCAUGUUCUUAAAAAUGAAAGGCUGUUCAGGAAUGAUCUGAUUGUAAACAUCUCUUUCAUUGGAUCAAAGAGUAAUGCUGUAUUUGAAUCUAAAUUUUGUGUAUAAGCAGUUUAUUUAUUAGCCAAGUUUGGCUCUAAAUAUCCAUGGAAAUUAAGAAUGACAAUCAUAGGGAUCACUUCAUUUUAUUUUCAGUGGGGCUUAAACAAAGUUUUUAUGACUUUACCAUCUCAUUUUAGAUUUUUCUAAUUGUGUAAAUAUAACAUAGAAAUAGAAUUUAUUUUUGGUUCAUGAAUUCUUAGUGAGAUAUAAGUUAUGUAUUUCCUUUUUGUUCUCUAUCCAUAGAUGUUGGUCCAAACUGAAAGUUGAUGAGUCACUGUACCUCACGGCAGUAGUGAGUUAUCAGCUACAGUGAGAGAGCAGUGUUCGGCCUGCAGCUGGGACCGGCUUUACCAGGGUUCUCAUGCAGUUCAGAACCGACUGUCCACAGAUUCAGACAUUUCUCAGUUUCUUACAGAAAGUUGAUGAUUGGAUAUACUAAAUUUCCACUACAGCUAGGAGACAGUUUGCUUUGUGAGUCCACAUAAAUCUUCUAAGGUAGUUCUGUGACCAUAUAAUAGCAAGAAGCAUGAAUGCCAUUACAAAGGCAAAAAUCCACCUCUGAGAUUGGCCAUUAAUAAAAGUUCCACCAUGUCAGUUUGGUGUCAAUAAUGUUAAGCAACCUUGUUUUUGCGGUGCUUCCUAUUCCAUAGUAUCUUCAAAUCAAAGAUAAAAAGUAUUCCCAUUUUGUUAACACACAGGGUCAGGGUUCUCCUUGUUACUUAGAAUUGGAACACUGGCAGAAAAUCCUCUCCUUAAAAAAAAGGGGCGGUAUGGAAUGGAAGGGAAAGGAGAAAAGAAGGAAGGCAGGAAAAAAGGAAGGAAGGGAGAGAGAAAGAAAAGGUCUCUUUGUAGACGUGAGCCGCCAGGCUGACAACUUUUCUAUUUCAUUGGCAGAUAUGAAACAGUGUCUUUUCCAGGAAGGUACGGAAGCUUUGUUGUUUUCACACAUAUCCAACUCAGUCUUUUAGGAGCACAUCAGUUUGCUUCAUUAGGUAUUUGAUACUCUCCAGCCUUGUCCUCAGGCCUGAUUUGAUUUGCCAGGGUCCUGACACCAAUGCCCAGGCCAACUUCUAAAUUCAGGUGUGGGCUCACAGUGCUAUUGAGCUUGUCGAAUUCUGGCCUCCCCUGAACGUUUAGCCCCAUGGGAGCCUGAGGGUGUUUGAAAAGGGUGUGAUCACUCUGGGGCUGAAAUUAAAGGCUGCUUUCUUUUCCUUCUGAAGCCAGGCUGCUUCCCUGGAGCACACCCUCCUGAGCCAGGAACACAGGCGCUAGCUGAAAGCAGGGAUUGUUUCGGGGAAGCCCAUUUACCCUCAGUAGGAAGGCAGCCUGGUCACUUGAACAGCACAGCUGAGGCUGCUUCUCUCAAUUUACUCAUUUUGCAAAGAAUUGACCUCUACCAACUCAUUAGGGAGAGAAAAAAGAAUCACUUAGUAAUUUUAGAUCAUCGAGAAGUCCCGUACCAAGUGCCAACAACUGCAAAGAAACGCAGCUAGAGGAAUGUAUUGAAAUUAUUACUGGGUCUUCCUUUUAAUGAGAAAAUGACCAAAAUGGUUAUGUAGCCCUGCCUGAUUUUGUACACGUUUGUCUAAGGAUUGAGUUGGCACUUAAGCUCACUUCUCAAAGUAUAAUAAUAUUGUAUGACCUCAUUUGUCCUUUCACAAAAGCACUUGCAUCAUUUCCUUAAGUCAUCUGCUCUCUGACAUGUUUUCUUCCCUAAUAAACAACUUCUGUCUGUUA